AGAAGGAAAGAGAGGCGGAAAAAAAGGAGAAAGUUUGCUGGAAUGGUCCAGGAGGAACAAGAUGGCUGUUCCUGGACAGAAAAACAUCUUCGCUUUUUAACUUCAGGCCAUUUCUCCUGUAAAGGAGCUCACUUUGCCUUUUAUAUUUAACUGCAUGACUAACUUUUGGGGUUUUAUUUUAAUGCGAAAUGUGUUGAUUCUCUGACUCUGGUUCGAGUGAAGUCUCUAACGGUUCGGAAACAGUUUGUAGGACUGAAAAAGGCUUUUUUGUACAUUUGAGUACAUUUUCUUUAGGCUUCUUGUGCUUUCGGUGGAUGGUUGUUCACAUUCCCAUGGUCGCCCAUCGGAGCAGCUAGCCGGACCACCAUGAGCUCCUCUCGGGUCAGACCCCAGAGCCAGGCGGGCAGGUCGCCCCGAGCAGCGGGCUCCAGUGAGGGGAUAGAAAUGGAGAACAUCCAGCACCCAGACAUGGCUCUGGGAGGAAACAUCGGUGCACCGUCUCCACCAUCCAGGCAGGCGUGGAGCCGAGACAACCCGGUGUUCGAGCCGGAGGAAGAAAUCCUGGAGGCGGACUGGCCUCAGGCGAGUCCCGGGCGGAGGUCUGUGUCCACGGCCUCCAGCGGCAGCAGCAGCAGCGGCAGCGCCCACAUCACCAGAGGGGGGCUGUACCCAACACCGACCCCCACCAUCCAUGGCCGGCAGCAGGACAGGCGGCAGCCCCGCAGCUGUUUGAAGCACAUCCUCCAGAAAAUCAGAACUCUGUGGGGAACUGAGCUGAUGGAGGACGGCGACAGCAGCAGAGAAAGGUACCUCAGAAACGUGUUGAGGGAGAUGCUCACAUAUGUCGGGUUCCUCAUCACUGUCUGCGUUCUGACGUAUGGGAUGGUGAACUCUAACAUGUACCAUUACACCAAAGUUAUGUCCCAGCUUUUCCUGGACACACCACUGUCUCCUGGGGAGCCAACUACAUUUAGGAGCCUCUCCACCAUGGAGGACUUCUGGAAGUUCACCCAGGGGCCCUUCCUCAGCGGCAUGUACUGGGAGGUGUGGUACAACAACAAGAGCCUGCCUGAAAAUCAGAGCUUCAUCUACUAUGAGAACCUUCUCCUCGGCGUACCGCGACUCCGGCAGGUCAAGGUUCGCAAUGAGUCCUGCUCUGUCCACCAAGACCUGAGGGAUGAGCUUCAUGACUGCUAUAACAUAUACACCCCCAGCAAUGAGGACACCGCCCCCUUUGGUCCAAAGAAUGGAACAGCGUGGGUGUACACUCCAGAGAGUGAGAUGAACAGCAGCAGCCACUGGGGGCAGGUGUCGAAGUAUGGAGGUGGAGGGUACUACCAGGACUUGUCCCGAACAAAGGAGGAGUCAGCUAACCAUCUGCAGCUUCUCAAAGACAACUUGUGGCUGGACAGAGGCACCAGAGCAGUCUUCCUUGACUUCUCAGUCUACAACGGGAACAUAAACCUUUUUUGCAUUGCAAGGUUGCUGGUGGAGUUUCCAGCCACCGGAGGAGCCGUGACCUCCUGGCACUUCCAGACGGUGCGGCUGAUCCGAUACGUGUCCAGCUGGGACUACUUCGUCUGUGUGUGUGAGGUGGCCUUCUGCCUCUUCAUCCUCUACUAUGUGGUGGAGGAGGUUCUGGAAAUCCAUAUCCACCGGCUGCACUACUUCAAAAGCAUGUGGAACUGUCUAGAUGUUCUGAUCGUUGUGUUUAGUGUUGUCGCCAUUAUAAUGAACAUAACCAGAACAGCCAUGGCUCGAAAUCUGCUCGGUGGGCUGUUGGAGAACUACUCGGCUCACCCCAGCUUCGAGGCUCUGGCCAACCUCCAGGUCCAGUUCAACAACAUGGCCGCGGUUAUUGUCUUUUUCUCCUGGGUCAAGCUGUUUAAGUUCAUCAACUUCAACAAAACCAUGAGCCAGCUGUCCACCACCAUGUCCCGCUGUGCCAAAGACCUUGUGGGCUUCGCCAUCAUGUUCUUCAUCAUCUUCCUGGCAUACGCUCAGCUCGCCUACUUGGUGUUUGGAACUCAAGUUGAUGAUUUCAGCACCUUCCAAGCCAGCGUGUUCACCCAGUUCCGCAUCAUUCUGGGCGACUUUGACUUCUCAGAGAUCGAGGAGGCAAACCCAGUCCUUGGACCGGUUUAUUUUACUACGUUUGUCUUCUUUAUAUUCUUUAUAUUAAUGAACAUGUUCCUGGCUAUAAUCAAUGACACAUACUCUGAGGUGAAGGCUGAUAUGUCCCAGCAGAGGUCUGAGAUGGAAAUGACGGACCUCAUCAAGAAGGGCUGCAACAAAGCUUUGAUGAAGCUAAGGCUGAAGAAAACGCCCGUGGAUCCCAUUUCCAAUGGUUUGCAACAAGCAGGCGCUAAAAUGAACUUUGAUGAGCUCCGUCAGGAUCUGAAAGGAAAAGGCCACACGGACGCAGAGAUUCAAGCCAUCUUCGCCAAGUACGAUCAGGACGGCGACCCUGAGCUGACGGAGCACGAACACCAGCAGAUGAGAGACGACCUGGAGAAAGAGAGAGACCUGGAGAUGGAGCGCAAUUCUCUGACCCGACCCAGCAGUGGGCGGAGCUUCCCUCGCACUCAGGAUGACUCAGAGGAGGAUGAUGAUGAGGACUCUGGUCACAGCUCCCGUCGCCGUGGCAGCAGCUCUGGGGGAGUCUCCUACGAAGAGUUCCAAGUGCUGGUGAGGAGAGUGGACCGCAUGGAGCACUCCAUCGGCAGCAUCGUGUCGAAGAUCGAUGCAGUGAUUGUGAAGCUGGAGGGAAUGGAGAGAGCUAAGCUGAAAAGAAGAGAUGUGCUGGGCAGGCUGCUGGACGGAGUCAUCGAGGAUGAGCGUUUGGGUCGGGACACUGACGUCCACAGAGACCAGAUGGAGCGACUUGUGAGGGACGAGCUGGAGCUUUGGGAGUCAGACGACUUGGGCUCCCAGGUCAGCCACACUCCUGCGGGCCCACGGGCUCGUCCCCCGUCCUCCCUUUCUGCAGACGGCCUCGACGUGAGCUCAAAUGGAGGCGCACAUGUCUAAACACCUGACGAGUUAAAAAUGACCCCAAUCCAGAAAGAGACUUGAAAAACAAAACUUCAAAUUUGGAGAUUUUUCAAAGCAAAUAUGAUGCUGAAUGUGUUUAAUUUUCUGCAUGGAGAAUCUAUCCAAUCAAGAAGCAUUAUUCUGAUGAGAGAAGCACAAGCUACACCUGAGGAUGAAGCAUAAUAGCAUUAAACCACCUUAUAAGCAUAUCAGAUAUUCUGUGUAUGAGUUAUACUCUGAUUGUUAACUGCCACAUUUUCCAAACAUUUCAUGUUUACAUAAAUAAGAGUGGACUUC